AUGGAAGCCCUGGCGCGAGAAAAGCACCUCCUUGCGACUCGUCGAGGUAAAGCACUGGCUGGAGCAUUAAAAGUGAACAAAACUCUUACUCAGCUUGAUCUUCAAAGUAACCAAAUAUCUGAUAUAGGUGGCGAAGCACUGGCUGAAGCAUUGAAAGUGAACAAAUCUCUUACUCAGCUUGAUCUUCAAAGUAACCAAAUAUCUGAUAUAGGUGGCGAAGCACUGGCUGAAGCAUUGAAAGUGAACAAAACUCUUACACAACUCAAUCUUCAAAAUAAUCAAACAUCUGAUAUAGGAAGUGAAGCACUGGCUGAAGCAUUGAAAGUGAACAAGACUCUUACACAACUCAAUCUUUAUUACAACCAAAUAUAUCCUCGAGGAGCUGAAGCACUGGCUGAAUCAUUGAAAGUGAACAACACUCUUACUCAACUUAAUCUUGGAAAUAACCAAAUAUCUGAUAUAGGAGGCGAAGCACUGGCUGAAGCAUUGAAAGUGAACAAGACUCUUACACAACU